ACUAAAGAUUGAACUUGAUCUGGUUUUUAGUGGCCAUGAAGUUAACACAAAAAUUUGUUGGAAGGAGAAAUUGAAAGUGCAAAUUCCAACUCUUUUCCAAAGCUCAGUGUAUGGCUUUUUCUUCAGGAAUGUCUCUCUGAUUGCCCAACGACUUGUUUGGCUCUUCUCCUACAUUUGAACCUUGCAUACUGUCAUAGGGUGAUUUAACUUGGCACCAAGCAAUUAGUAUAAACUCAACUCUGCAUUUACAUUAGAAGUUGAUAAGAUAUUCGUGUGGGUGAAAGCAAACAGUACUUUCUGGAUGUAAAUGAUGAGGUGGUCUUUACGUUGCAAAAAUUAAAUAUCUGAAAUUGGAGUUUUUAUCUCUGUACUUGAAUUGUUUGGCCUAGAUGGUCAAGGCCAAUACAAAUUAUAUAUUUUUUGAGUUUUGAGGUGUGGUGGUUUGUUUUGGGGGUUUUUUGUUUGCUUUUGGUUACAAGAUUUUUACUGGUUGAAUUUUAAUGAAGUAUUUUCAAAAUAAUUUUCAUCUGUAAGAAAAAAAAUUGCUAUGAUUUCACUUAUCUUUAAAGUAUGUUUGUCUUUCUUAAAGCUUCCCUUCUGUUCUCUACCCACACACCCCAAGGUAGGUGAUUCCUUUGUACUUACUUUGUGCUUCUUCCUGCAGUGUCUAUCAUUGUUUUGUAGUUUGACUCCAGGCUCCAUCAUAGUACUUGGAACACGAGCACUCAAGUAUCUGAUGAAGGAAUUAAAGAAUGUGUGUACAUAGAAAGCAUCUAUUACUGUAAUUGAGUACAAGGAAUGAGAAGGAGAGAAAAGUACUUGUCUUCAGAUGUUCCCAGGUGGUCCUUCAACAGGUGUCCGUGCGUCAGUCCGCCAAGCCCCUCCCCCAGGGCGUUGGGGGCAGCGGGGUGGAGCCGGAGGUCCUUCGACCGCGGCUGCAGGGAGCGAGCCAGAGUCCGACUGCGAAGACUGCGGAGUCUUCAAAUGGAUUUUAAAAUUGAACACACUUGGGAUGGUUUUCCAGUGAAGCAUGAGCCGGUGUUUGUCAGGCUGAAUCCAGGUGACAGAGGAGUGAUGAUGGAAGUUACUGCUCCAUUUUUCAAUGAUCCUCCAGCCCCACUAGGAGAACCAGGAAAGCCUUUCAAUGAACUGUGGGAUUAUGAAGUUGUGGAAGCAUUUUUCUUGAAUGACAUAACUGAACAGUAUUUAGAAGUUGAACUUUGUCCGCAUGGACAGCAUUUGGUGCUUUUACUCUCUGGGAGAAGAAAUGUGUGGAAACAAGAACUUGAUCUAUCAUUCAAAGCAUCCAGAGGAGAGACAAAAUGGGAGGGCAGUGCUUAUCUUCCUUGGAGUUAUUUUCCACCAAAUGUGACAAAAUUCAAUUCAUUUGCAAUUCAUGGGUCAAACGAUAAAAGAAGCUAUGAAGCUCUUUACCCUGUACCUCAACAUGAGCUGCAGCAAGGACAAAAACCUGAUUUCCAUCGUCUGGAAUACUUCAAGCCUUUCAGUUUUAACACACUGCUUGGAGAAGAGUGGAAACAACCAGAAUCAGACCUGUGGCUAAAAGAGAAACCUGAUGUGUAGGAGUAUAGUAGAUGAUCAUAUCAAUCAUUUCUUCUCUAUACCUUUUAAGGUAAACCAGUAAUAAGUAUAAUCUUUUGAGAUACCAUGAACACAUUUCAACAAUAAAUAUUUCGUAGAGGUCAGUGAAAGUAUAUAGUAUCUCUGUGGCAAAUUGUGUAUGAACUAACAAGAAAGGAGAAAGUUCAUAUAUGCUUUUACGUAUAAAGUGAAAAUGUUUCUCAGAAUCACUUAGUCCAGGAGCCAUCAUGCCAAGGGCUUCUACCGUCUGCCUUGUAUCACCAUCACCCCAAACAUCCCAGACUCUGUCAACCAAGUUGUUAUUUCUCUCCCCACUUCCCUAAACCUCAGCCAGAUUAUGACUGAGCAUCUUGUUUGCACAUUUUUGAACUCCAUCAUAAUAUGUAAUAAUUCUUUACUCAGAAUCCUCUAUCCACUCUUGAAAUGAAUAGAAAAAAUGACGUGGUUCAGUUGAACAGGGGAUGCACAUCUGUUAAGGCAUUAUUAAAAUACGCCUGCCAUUUAAUCAGCUAUUUUUCCUGUCUUAUGACUACUUUUCUUCUGUUGAAGAAAAUGGAAUGAAGUCGUCUUGAAUUAGGGCAACGGAUUCUGCUUUCAUUUACAAAUAAAUGAUGUUUUCUUCAUGCUGUUAAGCAA